AUGGCACUCGCCGACGGAUCUCAAGACCUGCGGCAAGAAUUGCAACAGGAGUUCGAAACUGUGGAUGCCAUAUACCCAGGCUUCCUGCUACAAUUGUCAGAUACGCAAUGUGAACUGAAAGUCCCGGAUCAUGAGCGCAUCUCAGUACACCUUUCUUUCCCCAGCGGGUAUCCAACUGCUUCAGCGCCACAGGUGCUGGGAGUCAAGGGCUAUCCAGACCCCAAAAAGUCUCGGGAGCGGUUCCAAGACCUCAUGGAUCAGACAUGGAAGCAAGACGUUUGCAUCUUCGAUUUCAUCGUCGAGGCCGCGGAAUCUUGUAAUAGCUAUACAGACGCCGCUCUUCAUGCCGACUCGCAAGUCGAUUCAGAUCCGCCGCAAGAUGUAGCUCUGGCAGAAAUAAACGUAGUCUGGUUCCAAAGCGAUCCAGUUGUUGAUCGCGGAUCCACCUUCAUCGCAUUCGCGGCUCAUAUCUCCGAAGAGGCAGACGCACAAUUGAUACUAGAUCAAUUACGAAUGGACCCAAAAAUCAACAAGUGCCAGCAUGUCAUGACAGCUUGGCGCAUCCGCGGCCCCGGCAACAUCAGUUUUCAGGACUGCGACGACGACGGCGAAACCGCUGCCGGCGGCAGACUAUUGCACUUACUUACGCUGAUGGAUGCAUGGGAUGUUGUCGUCGCCGUGGCAAGGUGGUUUACUGGUACUCAUAUAGGACCUGAUCGCUUUAAACACAUAAAUUCCACGGCCCGUCAGGCAGUCUUAAAAGGAUCUUUCGCGGACGCCUCCAAAGCCGGUAGAAAGAAAAAAUGA